GUGUAUAAUCCCUUCUUCCACCUCCUCUGGCUCACACUCACACUCACUCUCACUCCACCCAUCGGAGCUCCCGAAGUAAGUGCAUCCGGCCAGCCACAGCCAUGGCGAUCGACGAGCCCGCCAAAAGCAAGAGAGGGGCGCCAGCGGGUGAUCCCCACUCUGCCAAGUCCAAGACGGGGCAGAAGAUGGUCCAUCGAAGGCGCCCUUUGCUUGAUGAAGGCAGCAGCAGCAGAAACGAAGACGGCGACGGCGACGACGAUUUUGAGCCUAUGGCUAUGGGAGGGACGCCAGCGGGUUAUCCCCCCCAUUCUGCCAGGACCAAGAUGGGGCAGAAGAUGUCGUUGGCACAUCGAAGGCUCUCUUUGCUUGACGAUGGCAGUAGCAUCAGUAGACACAUUGCUGCUGCUGCUGCUGCGGCUGAUGAUGUUGGUGGUGGUUCUGAGCAGAUGGGUGAGGAGUUCGCUGUUGAUGUUGCUCAGAAGAAUACAGCAGUUGAUGACAGCGAUGAUCCAGAUGGUAGCGAGGACGACUUUGUUCCAUUGAUAAUGAUGAGAACCAAGAAUGUGAAGAGUGAGCCUGGAAAGCAUCCCGGCCUCCGAUAUAAACACAAAACCCAGAGAACUAUCAAUAAAACUUAUAAAAGGAAGAAGACAGGGAGGUCAGCAGGUCCAGUAUAUGCCAAGAGAAAGGUAGAGAAGAAGCCAAGAUUGGUUGGCAGCAACAACAUUAGUAAGAUAUCUGAUGAUGAUGGCCAGAAGAAAUAUGCAAGCUAUAGUGUUUUGGGCUUCUAUGCCACUGCUUUUGACAGAGCUUUGGAGGUAGAAAAGAAAUUGCCAGCAGAAGGUCCGAGCUUCGUCAAGCUUAUGCAGAUAUCACAUGUUGUAAGGGUUUUUUGGCUGGGUGUCCCGGUUAGCUUUUGCAGAGAGCAUCUUCCAAAUCAUGAUGUUACAAUUGUAUUAGAAGAUGAGGAUGGUCACCGGUUUGAUACAAAUUAUCUAGCGCGCAAGCAGGGCCUCAGUGGUGGGUGGAAUAGAUUUGCAACGCGACAUCAUCUUAAGGUCGGCGAUGCAGUGGUCUUUCAACUCGUGGAACCAACAAGAUUUAAGGUGUACAUACUGAGAGAGAGUAAGUUCAGUACAACCGAUGGAGCACUCAGUCUCCUGAGUUUAGACACGUCCAUGGAAAACAACAUGCCCGCAGAAAAAGGAGAAGAUACUUCUGAUGAAGAUGCCAAGUCCAGGGAGGAUCCAGAAGUCACCAAAGUCGUCACCAACAAAGCAUCCGAUGAUGAUAGCAACGACCUUUUUAGUGAAGCAGCAGCAAACGGGGGCGUCGGAUCCCCAGAUCCAGACCCUGAUUUCGACGCCGUGAAAACAUUCAGAACCUUCAAGAUGGCCAUCGACAGUUCUGUCAUCGACCACAAACUAGUCCAAGAUCGCCUGCUUUGGACGUACUACAAGCUCUGCGGCGACCGGAAGGCGUUCCUCCACAGGCGUCUGCCGAAGCACAUAAACCUGACGCUAGCCGCAGGGGUGAUAGUAGAGACGGCCAGCAUCGCUGAGGGCAUCAGGUCCUACCCCAGCUCCUGCUCUUCCUGCGAGGACCUCGCGGCGUGGAAGAAGACCCUGGAGUCCUUCGAGCUGCUGGGAAUGGACGUGGGCUUCAUACGCGAGCGCCUUGAUGAGCUCCUUUUCCUCCUUGACGCCCGGUCAUCGGAUGAUCACCCGCCAGAGGGGUAUGAGGAGGUGAAGCUGGAGCGUGCUCGUGCCGCGGAGAAGGUGAGGGCCCUCGAGUCGAAGAUGGCGAGCCUGAAGGAUGCUCUCAAGGAUAUGGAGAUGGAGAUGGAGGAGAUCGCGGAGAAGAGGAGGGGCCAUGCCUUGCUGCAGCUGGCGGCCGCGCCAUGGUGAUCGGCGAUUCGAUCGUCGUCUCGUGUCUUACGAGUGCAUUUUGGUGGUUGGCAUCUCUUUCAGGUCAUCACACUUGGUCGACCUAUGUGUAUAGUUCUAGUUGGUUCUCUGUACAUACAGCAACGUACACUGUUAGCAACACGAACUAAUUUGCUAACUAUGAACUCGGAUCGGAAGAUCACAGCUCAAUUUCAUGGCGAAAUGUUAGCAGAGGCUAUCUACCAUCCUCCCACA